ACGUUCCAACUAAUCGACAGUCGACAAACCACCAUUAUCCUCUCCGGUGCAAUUCAUGGCGAUCCAAUGUCGCUGUUUCUAAGAAAACCCACGAAGCUAUCUCUCUUCCUCCGCCGAAUUCCACACUCCCAACCCAGCUCCUCCUCCUCCGAUCAUGGCCAACUCCACCGGCGCUUCUCUGCCGAGCUACGCCAUGCCCAUCGAGGACAGCGACAAAAACGGCAAGUCCGAUUUCCUCGUGGUGGCUCUCUGCCCCUGUCUGGUAUGCCUCAUUCUUCUCCUCAUCGUGAUAUCCAUCGUUCUUGCUGUCAAGUUCCAUUUAUUCUGUCACACUCCGCUUCAUUCUCUGCUCUACAAGAACAAAUGCCACUAAAGUUUGGAAUUUUAUCAACGAACCAUGAUAAUUCGCAUGAAAAAACGGUCAAUUUUUAUAAAUUCUAUCGGGGGUUUUGUAGUUUUUCUGGUAGUGAUAAUACUGAUUCUGAUGCUGAAACGGAUGCUGAGAGUUGCGAUGGUGACGAGAGAGGCGAGGAUGAAAGGGAGUCUGUGGGGUCCAGUGCGGAUCCGAAGGAAGUUGAUAGAGUCUGCAAGGUGCUCGACGAAAUGCUUGUGUUGGAUCGGAACAUGGAGGCGGUUCUUGACGAAUGUGGGAUUCAUUUGUCGCAUGAUUUGGUUGUGGAUGUGUUGGAAAGGUUCAGACAUGCGUGGAAGCCAGCUUUUCGAUUCUUUUAUUGGGCCGGUGGGAAACCGGAGUUUGUUCAUGAUUCUAGGACUUACAAUUCCAUGAUGAAUAUAUUAGGGAAGACUAGACAGUUUGAGACUAUGGUGUCUAUGCUGGAAGAGAUGAGAGAGAAAGGAGAACUGACAAUGGAGACUUUCAUGAUUGCCAUUAAGGCUUUUGCUGAUGCUAAAGAGAGGAAAAAGGCUGUUGGGAUGUUUGAGUUGAUGAAGAAGUACAAAUUUAAAGUAGGUGUAGACACUUUUAACUUCUUGCUUGAUACUCUUGGUAAGGCCAGGCUCGGAAAAGAAGCACAAGUGCUUUUUGAGAAGUUGAAAGGAGGGUUCACACCAAAUUUACAGACUUAUACCGUGCUGCUUAACGGCUGGUGCAGGGUGAAGAAUUUGAUGGAGGCCGGGAGGUUGUGGAAUGAGAUGAUUGAUGCGGGGUUUAAACCUGAUGUUGUUGCACAUACUAUUAUGCUUGAAGGGUUGUUGAGGAGUAAGAAGAGGUCUGAUGCAAUCAAGUUGUUUGAGGUCAUGAAGGCCAAGGGUCCACGGCCCAACAUUAGGUGCUAUACGGUUUUGAUCCGGGAUUUUUGCAAGCAAGGAAAAAUGAAGGAAGCGGUUGAGUGCUUCAAUGAUUUGCUUGAAUCUGGAAACCAGCCCGAUGCUGCAGUUUACACUUGUUUGGUCACGGGGUUUGGCAAUCAGAGAAACAUGGACAUGGUGUUUGAAGUUUUGAAAGAGAUGAAGGAAAAAGGGCACACACCUGAUGGGCGGCUGUACAAUGCCCUGAUUAAACUAAUGACCAGCCGGAAAAUGCCUGAUGAUGCAGCAAGGAUAUACAAGAGGAUGAUACAAAGUGGUAUUAAACCAACAAUCCACACUUAUAACAUGAUGAUGAAGUCCUACUUCCAAAGAAGAAAUUUCGAAAUGGGUUGUGUUGUGUGGGAUGAGAUGAUUCAAAAAGGGUGUUGUCCUGAUGAUAAUUCAUAUACUGUUUUUAUCGGAGCGCUUAUAAGGCAGGGAAGGUCAGGAGAGGCAUGUAAAUAUAUAGAGGAAAUGAUAGAGAAGGGAAUGAAAGCUCCUCAGCUUGAUUAUAACAAGUUUGCAGCUGAUUUUUCGAGAGCUGGUAAACCUAACAUACUGGAAGAGUUGGCUCAGAAGAUGAAGUUUGCAGGCAAGUUUGAAGUUUCCAAUGUGUUUGCAAGGCAGGCUGAGAUGAUGAAGAAAAGGGUUCAGAGAAGAGAUCCUAUUAGAGCUGAUGGCAAGUGUAACUAAGUUACUUGCCGAGGGCCAAUGAAUAUUUUCGUUUAUGGCUUAUGCCUAUAAGAGUGAAGUUUGAAAAUGUUGUAACUCAUUGGUUAUUGCCUUGUCAUUAAAUAGCCGUCUGUGUUCUGUAUCAUACGAGUUAUUACAUUCUCAUAGUUUGGUUU